AUGGUCUACCUUGCAUCCAUUAUCUACGUUGGUCUGAUUGGCUUGACUGGCCUUGUUUCCGCUCAUCCAGGCCAUGAUGUCAAGGCCGAAGCUGCUGAGCGGGCUGCGUUCCUCCAGAACGCCCCCAUCCACUCACGCAGUCUUUCCCAGUGUACAUCUAAGCUGAAAUCUAGGGGCCAUGAGAGACGGAGCGUCGCGCGCCGCGAGACGGCCGUCAAGCAUCUGCGCCGUCGCCGUGGCAUUGAUUCUGCUGGCUAUUACCUCAAGGCACGUAGCCUCACUGAUGAUCUGAAUAUCUCGCAUCACUCCAACCUUACCGGCGUGGAUCUCUCCACCGACCCGAGCGUUUUGUUCGGAUCUGGAGGAACCUGCAUUCUUGCUCCGGAUGUCACUCAGGGACCCUACUAUGUCUCGGGCGAACUGGUUCGUGAGGAUAUCGUGGAGUCUCAAGCGGGUGUUCCUCUUUACUUGGACAUCCAGCUGAUUGACACCAACACUUGUGACCCACUUCCGGAUAUCUACAUGGAUUUGUGGCAUUGCAAUGCGACUGGCGUCUACUCAGGCAUCAUUGCCGGAGGAAACGGUGACUCUUCUGAUGAGGGCAAUAUCAAUACUACCUGGCUGCGAGGUAUCCAAGCGAGUGACGAAGAUGGUGUUGUCCACUUUGAAUCCAUCUUCCCUGGUCACUACACUGGCCGGACGGCUCACAUUCACAUUCUCACCCAUCCAACCAACGAAACCGAAGUCCUCGCCAACGGCACAAUCUCCGGUCUAUAUACCACGCACUCGUCAUAUGUCGGACAAACCUUCUUUGACCAGGACCUAAUAACAGCCGUCGAGAAAACCACACCAUACUCAACAAACACACAGCAACUAACAACCAACGCCGAAGACGGCAUCCUCGCCGGAGAAGCCGAAACCAUCGACCCAUUCAUGGAAUACGUUUAUCUCGGCGAUGACGUCUCAGACGGGAUCUUCGCUUGGAUCUCUGUUGGCAUUGAUCCUACCAAGGACAGAGAUGUCACUCCCGCAGCUUAUAACACUGAGGAUGGUGGAGUUGCGAAUGAGAAUUCUGGAGCCGGUGGCGGAUCUGGUGGUCCUCCUCCUGGUGCCUCUGGUAGCCCUGGUGCCAGGCCCACGCGCCUUGUCUAG